AUGCUUUCGUGCCUCCGCUCGCAGAUUUUUGAUUGGGAUUUCUCAUCUCAUUCUCACUCUCAUUCCACUCUCAUUUCACUCUCAUUUCACUCUCAUUCUCACUCGGGCCUCAUCACAACCUCACUUGCCAUGGCAAGUUCACUCGGCUCACACCCGGACUUCUGGACAGGCCUAUAUAUCGGCAUCAUCAGUAGCUUGCCGGCUUUCUGUGCCACUAUGGCUCUGAUCACUUGGAAUUAUCUGCGGCAAAAUGACAUCUACGACAACGACCACUGGAAGCUCAAUGUCAAGAUGCCGUUCACCACCAUGUGGAUGAACAUGGGCUACUGGACCGACGCCGACGGCCGGCCCACACAGGACUUCGAACAAGCAUGCCGUGCUCUCCUGCACGAGGUCCUCGCCGAAGCAGGCCUCCUGAAGACCGACUUAUCUUCGUCCAGGCUAGCCCUCCUUGACCUUGGAAUCGGGUGCGGUGACCAAUCCCUGGAACUUGCCCGUCUCAUCCAGCAGAGUGGCUGCGACGAGUACCGCUACGUGGGACUCACCCUGAACCCGUCGCAGUUCCAACUGGCCCUGAAACAGCCGUUUCACGAAUUCCAAACCCCGGGGGACGCCGAUGAAUCCAUCCGAGUCUUCCGGGCCGACGCGGGGAGGCCCGACGCGUGGGAUGCGGAUGUCAAGUCCGCCGUGGCGUCGCUGGCCACCGGGCGACCUCAGAACCAAGCGCGCUGGGUCCUCGCCCUGGACAGCAUAUACCACUUCUUCCCCAGCAGGAGGCCGAUACUCAAGUAUGCCGCUCAGGAGCUUGACGCGUCCUUCAUGGCGUUCGACUUGCUCCUGAGCGACACGGCCUCGUUCCAGCAGAAGCUGAUGAUCAAACUCAUCAGUCUGGCGAUGGGAUGUCCCGUCGGCGCUUUCGUGACGGAGGCUGAGUAUAAGACGCAGCUGUGCGAGGCCGGGUACGACGAGCGACAGAUCCGGUUCAGGGAUAUCACCGACCAUGUGUUUUCUGGCCUGGUAGCCCACAUCCAGCGCCAGGCGGCAGCGCUCCGGCCGCUGGGCAUCUCCGUAGCAAAGUUCAAGGUCGCGGCCAAGCUCUUUAGCUGGUUUGCCAGAUCAAAGACGUUGCGAGCCACCAUUGUGGUCGCGCGGAAGAAGCCCAAGGUCGUAUGA